AUGACAGAUGUAUCGAAUGUUGGACGGGCGAGGACGAAGAACGAAAGCCGUGGACUAUCCGAUAGAAGCCUACCCGCGACCUACCGUCAUGAUCAAUACACAGUAGGAUGGAUCUGCGCGCUGGCAGAGGAGCAGACCGCAGCAAUAGCAAUGUUGGACAAAGAAUAUCCAAACCUUCCCCAGGCAAAUAACGACUACAAUACUUACACUCUCGGCUCAAUAUGGGGCCACAACAUCGUCAUUGCCUGUCUACCAAAAGGCAUGUACGGGGUCGUGCCUGCCGCGACUGUGGCCACUCGAAUGCUCGCGACUUUCCCGGCUAUCAAGUUUGGACUUAUGGUAGGCAUCGGGGGAGGCAUACCUCCCAAAGUCAGACUUGGCGAUAUCGUCGUGGGCAGUCCGACAGACAAGUUUCCCGGGGUUGUACAGUGGGACCUUGGUAAAGACGAAGAAGGGGGCACCUUCAAGAGGAAAGGUGCUUUGAACAACCCCCCGAUGCUUCUAAGCACGGCCUUGCAGAAGCUCGACAGUCGACAUGAACUUCGGGGCUCCAAAGUUGCCCAGUAUUUGGAAGAGAUGGUCGAGAGGUACCCAAGCCUCAAGGAACAGUACGGCAAAUCAGACAAACGUGAAGACCGACUAUUUAAAACAGGAUAUCCCCACACUACAGGCGUCAGAAGAACAGCUGAAGGCAAAGCUAAUGGCGACGGAGAAGGUGGCAGCGGAAGUAUCCUGGAAGCUGAACAAGAGGAAGAGGAAGAGAAUGAGGAGGAAGGCUGUCCUAAUUGUGACCGAGACAUGAUCAGGAUCAGGGAACCUAGGGAAACGAAAGUCCAUUACGGACUUAUCGCGUCGGGCAAUCGUGUCAUCAAGGAUGCGAUCAAACGGGAUCAACUCAAAGAGGACCUUGGGGCUGAUGUCCUCUGUGUUGAGAUGGAGGCGGCUGGCCUCGUCAACAACUUUCCCUGUCUCGUGAUUCGGGGCAUCUGCGAUUAUGCGGAUUCUCACAAGAACGACAUAUGGCAUAAGCAUGCCGCUGCUUCUGCUGCUGCAUUUGCAAAGGAACUAUUGGAGUAUGUAACGCCUGAGAAUGUUAGCCAAGCGCCCACGGCUUUGGAACAGUUGCCAGUCCACCAAAUGACAUCUACCAUGAAUGAGAAGGUUAUUCAGUCAGAGAGACGUGCCAAGGAUCAAAAAUUGCUUGACUGGAUUAGUCGUGCCCAGUACGGAUUCCAACAAAGCGAUGCUCUUCGCAGAAGACAAGAAGGCACGGUUGAGUGGUUUCUCAAGUCGGAAGAGUAUCAAAGCUGGCUAAGCUCGACGGGUAUAACAUUGUUCUGUCCAGGGAUUCCCGGGGCCGGGAAAACCGUUCUCACUUCUGUCGUGGUGGAUCAUCUCUUCACUAAGUUCACUGCUGACGACGGAGUUGGAAUCGCAUAUCUCUAUUGCAAAUCCAGAACGCGAAGCAGCCAGACGCUAGAGACCCUGCUCUCCAGUCUCUUGAAGCAACUGCUCACUAGGGUGUCAUCGCGCCGCUGGCCAAAAAGUCUGAGAGACUUACAUCAAAAGUACGCCAUCCAGGGUCUCGAUGCUAGACCAUUGCCCGAUGAGCUACGCCAAGAGUUGAAGAGAAUCUCCAGAGCUUUCACGAGAGUUUUCAUAAUUGUUGAUGCACUUGAUGAGUGCCAGCCGAGAAGCUGCCAGUCGCGUCUCCUACAAAUUCUGUCCAGCCUGGAAACAAAGACCAUGGUCAGGAUUAACAUAUUGGUGACCUCAAGACCUCUCCCCGGGAUCGAGAAAGAUCUCUUUAAUCACAUUCGCGUGGAUAUCGAAGCCCACGAAGAAGACAUUCGUCGCUACACACGAAGUAAUCUCACUGAAAUACAGGAUCUUGUUGACAACGCACCUGGCCUAGAACGUCAAAUCACGGAUCGAGUCGCAAGUUCUGCAAGUGGAAUGUUUCUACUUGCUAAGCUUUAUGUAGGUUAUCUUCAAGGCGCAACUUCUGAACGCAAGAUACUUUCUGCGCUGGAAAAGUUUCGACAAGAUCGAUCUCUCACAGAGGAUCAUUUAUAUGACAAGGCCUAUGAUGCUAUUAUGACAAAAAUCGAAAACCAGAAGAAACUUCACAAAGAUUUGGCUAAAAAGGUCAUUUCUUGGAUCACGCACACAAACAGACCACUCGAAGCCGUCGAACUCCAGCAGGCUCUAGCAGUGGACCUCGAAGAUUCGAAGCUCGACCUCAAAAGCAUCCCAGACGUGAAUAUGAUGCUGUCCGUCUGUGCUGGGCUAGUCAUCACUGAGAAGAAUGGAAGAAUAAUCACUCUUGUUCACUAUACAGCUUAUGAAUAUUUUCAGAGGAGGAAAGUACAAUACUUCCGUGGGGGCCAUGGAUAUAUGACUAGCACUUGUAUCAAAUACCUCACCUUUGCUAUACAAGCGAGGCUGACACUCUCUCAACUACACCGGCAAUACCCCUUUUUCCUGCACGCAGUCUUUGCGUGGGGGUUUCACGCAGCACAGGCGACACCACUUCAAUCCGACGUUAUCAGCUUCCUUGAAGAUGACCACACCCUUCAGAGGUUGUGUCUUAUGGUUCCUGGUGACUAUCCAUCGACAGGUAUAGAGUUAGCAGCACUAUACGGGAUCUCAGAUGCGAUUAGGCACUUUCAUAGCCGCGCGCAUGCAAUUGACUCACCACAAUCCCAAGGGCGGACCCCUUUAUAUUAUGCAUCAGCCGGAGGUCAUCAUCGGACGACUCCUCUGGUUACAGCCGCCAAGCUUGGUCACUUUGAUACUGCCAAGACUCUUCUUCUCGGCGGGGCCUAUGUUGAUGCCCGAAGUGACUUUCAUCACCAUCGAACACCCCUAGCUUUUGCGGUAGCCCAAGGCCGGCUGGAUCUCGUCAGUCUCUUCCUAGAGCACGGCGCGUCUAUCAACGUGUUAGACGAGGAUGCAUUGACACCGGUGGCAAUCGCAUCAAGAGAAAACCAAGCAUCGAUUGUCAAGCUUUUGGUCGAAGAAAGGCCUGACACGAGACUUGACACGAUAGACGCCAAAGGGCACUCGCCAUUAUCUUUUGCCGCGAUGCGUGGCGAUCUUGAUAUGCUGCAGCUGCUGAGCGACAAAGGCGCACUUAUCGACUUUCCGACCCAGGGGAAUCUCACUCCCCUCAGUGUGGCAUGCCGUCAUGGUCAGUAUGCGGUAGCCGACUUCUUGAUCCAAAGGAAAGCCUCGGUUCAUGCUCGAGACACCAAGGGUCGGACCCCACUUUCCUGGGCUUGCGAAGCAGAAGUGGCAAGCACUGGGUUGAUCGAACUGCUGUUGGACCAUGAUGCGGAAGCCGAAAUCCAAGAUCACAAUGGCCGCACCCCUCUUUCAUAUGCCUGUUCUACAUCUAAAGGCCACGGCAUGGCAGAAGUUCUCAUUCGCAAGGGCGCACGUCUUGAUACGACUGACGGGUCGGAUCGAAGUCCUCUCUCUCGGGCGUGUAGUUCGGGGAUUGCGAGCAUCGAGCUGAUCAAGUUACUACUGGACAGUGGCGCCGAGGUAGAAUCUCCGGACAAAAACAGACGCACCCCGCUCUUCCACGCCGCCUCUACAUUUAGCCAGCCCGACAUUGUAGAGCUACUGGUUAGCAAAGGAGCGUCUAUGGAGGUUCAAGACCGGUUCGGCCAGACUGCGGUGGGGAUUGCCACUCAGCAUGGGCAUCACGAUGUUGCUAGGCUGCUAAAACGGAUGACCGAUGAGUCCCAGACGGAGGGUUGGCUGGAGGUUCGGAGACUUGGUUCCCCAGGGGAAGGUGGGUGGGUGUAG